AUGGAGGCUGCAGCUCUCACAGAAAGCCGGACGGAGCUGCGGACGGCAGCAGGAACCGCCUGGAAGAGCGACAGUUUCCUCGGAGCUCGCUCCACGGGCUGUGCCCAGGCGACUACGGUUGGGGAGCGAUGCUUCGGAGAUGAGGGCGUUGCCAUGUCGCGUUACGAGGAUGACAGCUCGAUGAUUCUGGUGCUGCAGGCAGGUCUCGGGAGCUCAGACCUGGCAAAUCUGAUUUGGCAAAACAAGGCGUGGCUGCUUGAGCAGUAUGAGGACUCUCUUCGAGAGCAGUGGCUGAUCAGUGCCCAGCAAUCGUCCUCACCGAACAUCACCUACAGGAAGGCAGAUCAACUACAUGAGUUCCCAAUCCGCUGCGCGUUUCUGAACGAGGUGUAUUCUCCCUUCGUGGAUGUGGAGCAGGUCUCCGUGGCAUCCGAAGUUACGCAGUCCUACCUGGACUCUGAAGGCCUUUGGCCUCUGAUCAAGGCCUUGGUGCGAACGGUGCUGCCAGAAGGCCAGCAGUUCACCAAAACCGUCUACUUGGCUGGCAUGGGGCUUGGUGGUUCACAUGCCGCCCUGGCGAGCAUGUACCUCAAGAAGAAUGAUGACCAGGUCUAUGAUACUUAUGUUGUGGCUGCCCCCGGCUUUCAGUGCAUAGCGAAGAAUUUGUACUCCAAAGACAUGAUGCACUACGACACGCACUCUCAGAUCAAAGUCUACCUUCAUGUCAUGGAUGCGCUGGCCGGACCUGUGGACCAGUAUAGCGGAACAGUCUGUAAGUAUGGCCUCCACAACUUCACAGCCGCCGAACCCUUCUACGAUGCCUGUGAGCGGAUCGUCGGCCACACGGGCCCGGAGCUGUUUUGGAGGCCGUCAACAACAAGCACCACGACAACCCUCGAGCUGGCCACCGAUGAGCAGAAAGCCACGCAGGCGGCACUGGAGCAGUACAAUCAGAACAUCACGGAAGCCAAAGCUGCUUUUGACCAGUGCGUUUUCUUCACCCACUCGAUCUGGUAUGCGUUGCUGCUUUUCGUGAGCGAGGACACUUUGAAUCUGGAUGGCUCGACGGACGGCGGCUGUGAGACAGUAGAUCCCAUCGACCAAGCGGACAAGUAUGGACGAUGCCCAAGUACUGCCACAGCCCAGACGGAUUGCGACAGCUUCUUCGAACCGCAGGCACAGGUGUCGAUGCAAAUGCUUGGCAUGAUCGUUGGCAUCACUGGCGGCGUAAUCUUGUGCUGCGCGAUACUGGGCAUCGCUGCGGUCAGACACAUUCAGAAGAAUGCCAUGGAUGACGUCAGCAUGUCGGCUGAUCAUGGGCCGCCCUCCAACGGAUGUAUGGCCAGGUUGCUCAGGAACUGCGGCAUUUACGUCGGGGCCGGCAAGCGAGAUCGAGCCAAAGAGGCACGGAUCCGUGCAAAAAAGGCUCGGGACAAGCGCAAAAAUCGAAACCAGGAGAAGACUACCCUCCUUGAGGAGGGCGCCGAAGGGACACCAACCCCAGGCGUCGUGGUUCCCUCCUCUACGGUCGUGGGCAAGCAAGGGGAUGCAGAGAGCUUGCCAGCCGAUUCCAACCUCGCUGACGAAGAGGUUGGCGGAAAGAAGGGCAAGAAGGAGAAGAAGGAGAAGAAGCAAAAGAAGGACAAGUCAGAGCCAUCUGCUGGCGACCCAGCAGAUGAUGAGCCUGUGGAUGCCAUCUCCGUGCGCGUGUUGGACGAGACCGAAGUCCGUGCACCUGAAGCCAGCGGCGACGACCUUCUGGGCUCCGCCUUCCAAGAGAAGCCUAAGAAGAAGAAAAAGAAGGACACCGAGAGGGAUACGGAAUAA